CAACGCAUCAAGAAGCCCCCAAGUGGCCCUGUGUGGCUCAAGCUAUGUUUGGCUGCAGGAAGUUGGUUCGGGUCAGACUUGCGCACAUGUGUCAAGUUCGCGCCACUUCUUGACACUGCCAAUGGCUCGUUUUGAGUUACCGUGCGAGAUCGAUGGUCAUCAUCAGACGGAGUUUCUCGCUGGCGGUCGUCGGAUAUGCUGCCAUUGCCAGCCAAUGCCCAUUCGAUUACAUGUUUAAGAAGAGCUUGUGUUGCGAUUCCGAAUACCAGGGGGAAUGUCCUUUGAUUCCGACGUCAUGUUGCGAAGGUUAUGACGUGCAAGCUGAGGUUGACUUCGAAGGAUUGCAGUGGACAACUAUAAACCCUGGGGCACUCACAUUACACGUGGACCAUUUGCUGGCAACCAAGAGAUCUAUUCAUGGAGUAUUUGUUUUGCUUCAGUGGGUUCGUGUACGCGCCCACCUCGAACUCCUGGCGGCACAUGGGCGCAUGCCUCAAGGCAAUUACCUAGCUGACGUGCCUGAAUCUUUGCUGAAACGCUGGAACAACACUAGGUAUGCGCAGUCAGACGGUGCGUUUGAUUGGCCGAUGCGAGUUCGCCCAGGCACUCCAAGCGAGUUCAGAUCUCGGUUUAUACUUCCUCUUGCCAGAGCUGCGCCUGCGAUUUCGAGCACUGGUGAUCUACUGAUGUUUUCUGAGAAAGCAAAGCUGGCGCAAAAUGCUUUCGAGCGCCUUGUGAUGUGGGACCAGUGGCUGCGCGCUGUUGCUCCCUUCGGUCCGCCACCUCGUGUCAGGCUGUACACGAACGCGUGUUGCACUCAGCAUGAUCUGGUAGGCCAUCUUCUCUCGAUGUAUCGUUCGCCCACAUUUGCGAUCGUGGGUGAGGACCCCUCUGAUCUAGCUCGGCUGGCUCACAACGACUUCGGAGCGAGCGUGCUGCUGGCACUUUCGGAACCAAGCGCCGAUAUGCUGAAUGAGUUUACUGUGCUGCCACGUCCUCCAGACCUGCACGUGUCGCCGCAAUUUCCCCGUGCUGGCAGGGAAGCAGACCCAGCGACGUUGGUGCCGGAUGAUUCCGUUGACGUUGUGUUCAUAGCAUUGCGGUCCUUUGCUGACUACUUCGUGGCACUGGGAAGUUGGCUUCCCAAGCUCAAGCUCGGUGGCGCUAUGGUAGGCUUUUGGGUGUUAACCACGUCUGAGCUUGCGGCCGCCAUGUACAUCUUCGCGUCUCAGCGGGGAAUCGAGCUGCGACUUGCGACUCAUCGUUGUGCGUUCAUUGUCAAGUCUUAGCCGCAUCGUGUGGGUGGGAACAUAGCUUGCAACGCGCUGCGAUGACA